GAUAUUUUCGUGGAGAGGAAGCCGUAUACCGAGGACGCCAAGGUCAUCUGCAACUGUGCGCCAAACAGCGGUUGCAAGGACGGGUGUCUCAAUCGUGCGAUGCACUACAUCUGUGGAAAGGGUUGCCCUGCAGGAACCGGUUGUACGAAUGGUUCCCUCUACCUCCGGUCGCAAAAGAAGACCAAGGUGAUCUUUACCGGCUCGAGGGGGUUCGGUUUGAAGAUCCUGGAAAAGGUCGACGAGGGAGAGUUCAUCAUGGAUUACAGGGGCGAGAUUAUCGGGCUUGAGACAUAUUUCAACCGGAUCAGGACGAUCUAUGCGGGGAGGAAGGACUUCUAUGCGCUUGACUACGAUAUGGAUGAGGUCAUCGAUGCAGGGCAGAAGGGCAACGACUCGAGGUUUAUCAACCAUUCUUGUUCGCCCAACAUCGAAGUCCGAAAGUAUCAGACUGCGGGAGCUGGGCUAGAGGAGUAUGAGAUUGGAUUUUGGGCGUUGCGGGAUAUCGCUCCGGGGGAAGAGCUCUGCUAUAACUACAACUUUGACUCUUUUACGACGUACAAACGCCCGAUCGAUCCAUCAGGGUCGUUGCUCACGGCUGUCGCAGCUGAAGGUCGCCAGCGUUGUUUCUGUGGGGCAAGCAACUGUUCCGGGUGGUUAGGCAAGAGG